AUGAUAGCUGCACUUGUCGUUCUCCUGCCCGCGCUGGUAGCGGCAACCUUCAAUGGCGAUCGGUAUCUCCAGUCACCCGGACGGGUCGGGACACUUUUCCCGAGGGUCGCCGAUCCUUCACAAUCCCAAGGACAAGUGCAGAGAGUAUACCUGAAUUUAGCCAACGCUGCACGAGGUCCCGGUCCCUUCGCAGGUAGCCUUCCUCAAUACGUCAUCAUCAACGCUCCGCGAACCUUCGUUGGAGCUUCUGGGGGUGCUGCCUCACAAGGUGCAUCCGCAACUGGAGGUUUUGCACCUAGAACCGUUUUCUUACAAGGAGGACCUGGUGCUGGUGCAAAUGCAGGCCCUGCCGCUGGUCCAGGUUUUGCUGCCAGUGCCGGUGCUAAUCUAGGUGCAGCAGCUUUUGGACCUCAAGUCACCUACCUAAUAGCAGGACCUGGUGCCGCAGCCGGUCCAUCUGGUUUGGGACCUGUCUUCAUGGGAGGAACAGCCGGUGCUGGAAGUGUUGGUCCCAGUGUCGGUGUCGGACCCAGUGUCGGUGCUGGCGUCGCUCCCGGGGCCAGUGUCGGUCCCAGUGUCGGUGUUGGUGGCGCUAGCGGUCCCAGCGUCGGUUCCAGUGUUGGCACCGGAGCUCCUGGUGCUAGUGUUGGUGUGCGCCCUGCUGGUCUGUCUGGGUCUGUAUUCUACCGACCAACGUUCAGGUUUGGAGAUAUCGAGUUAGACCAUCCAGGUAGAAGAGCAGCAGCUGCAGCAGCAAGAGCAGGAUCACCACUUGGAUAUGUUGUCCCAAAGGCAGUUCUAGGAUGA